UCAUUUUAUUAAAACACAGGUAAGUUAUCAGACAGCAGGGUUAAAAAUGUCACCACAAACCAAUAACAUCUUUGUUUACACUCAGGGCUCAACUGUGAGGACCAUGCAGGGUGUCUGGAUCCUCAGAUUGUCUUUUCUGAUGCUUUGCUCACUCCUUCUUGACAGCCGGCACACAGCAGACCACAGGAAGGUUCCUGAGAGGGCAGAGCCUCGGCAGGAGUUCAGAGCCGAGCACGGAGAAACGCGGGGCUCCUGGGGUGCCUGGGGUGCCUGGUCGUCCUGCUCCCGCACAUGUGGGACCGGUGUACAGGAGCAGAGCCGGCCCUGUCUGCCUGUGCAGCUACAGCUGCCGGGCCGGGUCAUUUCAGCCUUGAGGCCUGCGGCUCCUCCUCAGCCUGACAGAGUCAGAACCGCCAAGAUCAGCGGGAGGGAGAAGCAGAACAGACCAGGAGAACACAGGAGGGUUCCUCACAUCAUUCCAGGGAAGUAUGGCUACGGGCGAGCGCCUUUUGUUGCCCCACUGCAGAAGAAUCCAGAGACGUCUCCCCUCUACAGGCAGAGACGCUCGGCUGCAGCUAACCCUCGCCAAUCCCCUGCUGGAAGGCACAGUACCUUUAGAUCAAUCCAUCUGGAUGCCUCCAACAACAUCCGUCGUUUCAACCGACCCUAUGUGCACCCCAGGGCACAAAGUCCCAAGAACAACCCAGUCUGGUCCCCACUUUAUCAGCCUACUUCACGUAAGGCUGAGGUUCAGCAGGAGCUACAAUCAGGCCAUCAGCAGCAUAAAGACACACCGUACAGUCCACUGCUGCCUACUCUCUGCACAGGGGAGCAUGCUCAGUACAGGAUCUGCAACAGUAACGCCUGUCCUCUGUCGAGCAAACACAUCAGAGCCAUCCAGUGUUCUUCUUACAACAACCAGCCUUUCAUGGGCAGACUGUACAAGUGGGAACCUUUUAAUGAAGUUCCCGAGGAGCAGCAUUGUGAGCUGAACUGCCGGGCUGUAGGGUUCAGAUUCUACGUGCGGCAGUCAGACCGGGUGAUUGACGGGACUCCAUGUGGACUGAACGACACGUUCCUCUGUGUGGCAGGAAAGUGUGAGAGUCUCGGCUGUGAUGAGUAUCUGGGGUCAGGAAAGGUGAUUGACAGGUGCGGCGUUUGCGGAGGCAACAACUCAACCUGCAGGCUGGUCUCAGGAGUCUUCAGACACAGUUUGUCCAAGAUCGGCUACCACAGAAUUGUGGAGAUCCCCGAGGGAGCCACCAAGAUCAACGUGACCGAGAUGAUGAAGAGCAGAAACUACCUGGCUUUGCGAAGCCGUUCGGGGAGAUCCAUUAUUAAUGGAAACUGGGCCAUUGACCGACCAGGAAAGUACGAGGGUGGAGGGACCAUGUUCACCUACCGCAGACCCAAUGAGAUAAGCACCACAGCCGGGGAAUCCUUUCUUGCAGAAGGCCCCACCAAUGAAAUCCUGGAUGUUUUUAUGAUCUUCCAGCAGCCAAACCCGGGUGUUCACUACGAAUACCUUCUCCCCUCAGAGAAACCAGCCGUGCCUCAGCAGCCAAACCACGGACCAGAAGAAGAACCAAUAAAUGGGCAAAACGAGUACAACCAGCACAAUAAUGCUCAACAGGAAAACUCAAAUUCAGCAGGAGGCGGGGGAUAUCCCCCUCAUCUCCCUGACAACCAGGUACCUGCGGUUCAGCCGCCYAGGCGGGAGCGAGAGUACAACUGGAAACUAACUGGAGCAACAGAAUGUAGCGCCACCUGUGGAAAAGGCUUCAGAUAUACGGUCCUUCACUGCGUCCACCGGCAGAACCACGUUCAGGUGUCAGACACUUUGUGUGACAGUAGCAGCCGUCCAACACCACAGGAGGAGGCCUGCAACCUGCAGCCAUGCCCAGCAUUCUGGGAUAUUGGAGAGUGGUCCGAGUGCAGUAAGACCUGCGGCCUGGGCAUGCAGCACCGGCAGGUCCUGUGCCGCCAGGUUUACGCCAACCGCACCCUCAAUGUCCACACGAGCCGCUGCCGACACCUGGAGCGACCCGACACAACCAGCUCCUGCCAGCUGAAGAUCUGCAGUGAGUGGCAGAUCCGCUCCGACUGGACCGCUUGCUCAGUGCCGUGUGGGCUGGGUCAGAGGUCCAGAGAGGUUCGCUGCGUCAGCAAUGAGGGCGACUUUGUUCUCGAUGAAGAGUGCAACAUGAACCUGCGGCCCGUCGAUGUAGAAAACUGUGACAUGGGAGCCUGCGCCAAGAGCUGGUUCUACACAAACUGGGGCAACAUGUGCUCCGCUGAAUGUGGGAUGGGCGUACGAACCAGGGGAGUCCUCUGCCUGACUAACCACAUCAGCAGUCUUCCUCUGGAGGGAUGCGGCAGCGAGCGGCCUGCAGACUCUCAGGUCUGCAACAACGGCCCCUGUGAGAAUCGCAUCGAAUGGUUCACGGGUCCCUGGAGUCAGUGCUCUGCAGAGUGUGGCCCCGGCAGCCAGCAGAGGUCAGUAGUGUGUUUAAUGAAGUCAGAUGAAGGAAUCACCGUCAUGCCGCCUUACGAAUGCUCAUCCUUGAACCGACCGCUCAGUCAGCAGAGCUGCAACCUGAAGGCCUGUGGAGCCAAGUGGUACCACACUGACUGGAGCGCUUGUUCAAAAACAUGCGAGCGAGGUUUCCGGGUGCGGGAGGUCCGCUGCCUGUCUGACGAUGUGCAGUCCAGUGAAGGCUGUGACGAGCAGCUGAAACCAGCAGAGAGGGAGGACUGCAACCCUGAGCCCUGCGUUCCUCACAUAGGGUGGAUGCUGCUUUAUCGGCCACUGGUGGCUUCCUGCUCUGCCUCUCAGCCAAUCACAAGCUCCGUACUGAAUGUGGGAUUUCCACAGCCUGCUGGAUGGCAGAAGCAGAUGCAAGCUGUAAUGGAUUUAGGGAAGCUGAAAGUAAAUGUAGAGACGAUCUCCUUCCACUGCGGGAUAUAAAAUAUCCCUCAUAAUCAAACCCCGCCCCUCCACUAUAUUUUAAUUCUUAACAGUUUGUAGCUCUUGAUUUGUCGUGGUAUGCGUAAAGUUUUACUUUCAUUGUAAAUUGUUGUUCAUAAACUGCCUUUUUUUUGUCAAUAAUAUUAUUUUCAGUCCUGUAAAACAUUUAUUUCAGUUCUUUUAUAACACAAUAAUUCCCUCCAAGAUGUACAAACUUACCUCGGAUCCACAAGUACUGUAUAUCUGUGUUGAAGUUCAGAAAGAAAAAAAAACUAGUUUACAGCUGAAGAAAAACAGAAUCAUUCCAAAAGUUAUCAGAAUUCUUAUUUGGUCAUAUUCAGCACAAGACUGGGACCAAUUCAAACCUGUGUUUUAUUUUUAUAAAGAGUGUUUUGUACAGUGUUACAGGAAUAAACACAGCUUGUGCACUAGACUUCAGCUUUUUCUCGUGUGAUCCCUAAUAUUUUCUACCAUUGGUGUUGAGGUUGAAGGUGACGUUACAGAUUCUGAUAAAUGAAGCCUUUAUUUAUUUAUUAUGAAGCCGUUCCGACUUAAUUCACCAAAAUGAGUCCAAACCAUAACCCUACCACCAGCAUGCUUUAGAUAAGUCCUGUUUGCUGAAGUUGCUUACUUUCAUUUUUACUCCAAACAUAAAUUGCAUUUCAUUUAUAGUUUUAUCAGUCCAGAACAAGGUUUCAGCAGCUUUUAGGCUUGUAUAAAUGAUCGAAACAGAAAA